UGUAGUUCAAAGCGGAUUCGUCCGCACGUACACGACGACUUGCACGGUGUUCAUUAACCGCUCCGCAUAUACAGGUUCAACUGGUACACGACGGACCAGGCAGCAAUUAACACACGAAGAAUUGUACGUCCUUGGGGCCUGCAUGAGCAACUUGAAGAGAAAGAAAAGCCACAGUUUUCGCCCACAUUUCCAAAGUUCAUGGCUGCCUAUAUACGUCACUGCGAAUUGACAGCAUUCUUCUUUAUCUCCUUGGACUUUCGACGCAGAGACAAAUAGUAUUGACUGCCAGCAAGCGUAUCCAUUUCAAACUCCAGCCGCUCAGCGUUUGUUAGGAGCUAAGAGCCGCCCGUUUCAUUCAUCGAUUGUGCUCGCGAAAUCGUCACUCAUUUGCUGACGUUUUGGCCUCUGAAAAUAGCAUCUGAAUUCGACUAUCAAAUUGAUCGAGUGCAGGGUUAGCUGACCAUUUGUGGAACUAUAAAAUAGAGCGAGAAAAGUUGCAACCAGGCAUUGGCAAUCAGGAUUUUAAUACUGAUCAACUGUCUCUCAAGAUAUUCUUCUAAGUUUUCGACGGGUUCCCCAAGCAUGAAGGUUGGCGAGUUACCGUUCGCACUCCACCGGAGGAGCUGCCCGUGGAGCAGUCCGACAACAUCAACGGACCAAAACAGCAACAACCAGCAGCAAUCGCCCGCACACCAGCGGCCAUCACCACUCACAGCGUUACUCUUCGAAGCCAAUGAGUCAUCGUCAUCGUCACCAUCAACCGGUACAUCGCCGCCCGAUCCUGCCUCAACGACGACAGCCACAACGACCACGCCGCCGAUGUUCACAUCGCAACGGUGUACGUGUCCGUGCAGCGACUGCGUGAAGUUGGAUCGCGACUCGCAGUGUGGCAUGGAUAUGGACUUAGCGCGUUGGUUGACGAAAUGCGCCGAAUUCGGCAAUGGACACACAGGUUUGGCUAACAUCAACGCACACGACAGGCAAAUACUGGUGUGCUCCGCCUGGAAAGACAUUGUAAUUCUGUAUAUGGCACAGAACAAGUUCAAUUUCGACGUGGUCUUCGCUGGCAUGCAUGAAUACCUCGAAGACAUACCCCUACACCAGUACGUUCAGACGACACAUUACCAGGUUGACUCGCAGUUCCAGGGAGAUUUUAUUGCAAAGACGGGGGUAGUUUCUCAGACCUAUGUGCAUCCGCUAAGGAGAGGGAGUGAUUAUGGAAUACCGACCAUGAGAACUGUUAACCAGCUCCAGUUCACGUUAUCAAAGCUGAAUCAGAUGCAACUUGACUCGAAGGAAUACGCCGUACUGAGGAUACUGCUGCUCUUAAAUUCAGACCUGCAUUCCUUGACCGACAGCCGAGCGAUAGAGGUGGCCAGCGAGAAGGUCCACACGGCCUUGAUGGAGUACGAGACCCUCAAGUACCCCGAUGACCCGCUUCGGCUCUCCCACAUGCUCCUGCUUCUGCCUGGUGUCCGGGGGUUCAGUGCGGCCGUGUUUGAGAACCUCUUCUACCAUCACCUGAUCGGAGACACCAGUGUCACGUCGGUACUCCGGGAACUCAUGGCUCGGUAACCGACCAUGUCCCCAGCUGCCCAGCAUGAAGGACAAAAAAGCCUUUGAGGAAAUCACCAAACGUGAAGUGCACGCUCUUCUUGUCAGACUGAGGACUUGGUACCGGUCUCGCACUGGUACGCUUCUAUCUCCUACAAACUGUAAGCUACUGUCAGGAGAGCAUAGCCAAUCAUCACGGUAGAACUUGCUGCGUUUAGCUCUUUCUCUUGAUGCAUAGUAGGUGUUAAAGACAGUCUUUAGACUUGGGACGUCUUGAUGCCUUUUUAGAAUAUUUAGGCGACGCCAUGUUUAUUCUCCUGGUCCGUGGGUUCAUAGCGUGCGUGACAUUAGGUGCCACCAUCAGCCAUAAGUCAUGUUGACCUCACUGAUGUGCCAUUGUGACGUUACAAGGUCAGAGGUCAAUGUCAAGGUGAUGCUUAUCAUCCUCUGUGGAGGUUGUACGGCCACAGGAAACACCAUGUUUAGGAGUUGAUAUCUGCAACACCGUAGAGGCCAUUCCAGACCACAAAACAUUUUUUUGACUGGCCACCAUAUCAAUACGUUAGGAAGCUUGACUUUAAGGCUUGGCAUAACUAUGAGAAAGAUAAUCUUUGGAAUGACCCGGUAUGACCCUGGUCAUCUUUUUAUCGUCACCUUUGCAAUUCAUUGACCACAUCAUCUUCACCUUCAUUUCCGACGCUGAUCACACUGAAUGUUUGGAAAACGUAAAUUAGGGCUUUCACAAUAACUUAUAAGCUUCUUGUGUCACUUUGUACACAUGAUGUAGAAACACACCUUCUUUCGGUGUCGUUUUUAUCCCAUUGUCAAUCAGCAGCAGUUAACGGUCUUAUCAAGAGGAAAGAGUAAGAUUAUCCAAUUGUGCACCAAUCAUGCUAUUUAAUUACCGUUUCAAUUUUAAUCCAGUUUCCGAUACGUCUUCGCCAAUUAUGUGGGGCCCGGUGACCAUUAAUUAACACUAAAACCGUCAGCAGUUCGUCUUAAUUGUGUUAUCCAAAUUUUUUGUAGGACACAGAAGAAAAUUACAGUUCCUUAAUCUUUUUGACUAGAAUGUGGCAGUAAGCUUUAAGUAGUUAUGUCAUUUGUUUAUUGAGAAAAGGCAUACAAGCCGCCUUGUUUACAAAUAUAUUAAUGCUAAUAACUUAUGACCUUAUUCUGAAAUAAAUUAAUAUUUACCAC